AUGACUGAACCGAAUUUUAGGAGACUUAAAAUCGCUCUCAAUCUAAAAUGCGACACAUCAAGGCAAGCUCUCGAUUCAACAUUGAGAAAGACCCCAAGAACAGCAGCUGAAAUUAAGCCAGAACUCACCCCAACAACAUCAGUUUUCAUUCCAGAUGCUCCUAAUAUAGCCGCAAUAAUUAAUAUGGUGGUGGCGAUGCGCCACCGUAGUCGUAAAAUUGCUUAUUCCAUCCCUCUGUGGAUGAACAAAAAUUGUUAUUCUCUAACUCAAGGUUAAUUUUUUUAAUAAAUUUUUUUUUUUAAGUUUAAAAAUAUCCCCAAUUCAAAUUGUUUUUAAAAAGGGAGUUAAUUAAAUUAAACAAAUUAGCUAUAAUAAUCAUCACUUAUAUAUAAAAAAUUUUUGCUCACUCACAAGAGAUAGGUUUUUACCCCAAAAAUAGGAUUUUUCCAAUGGUUUGCUCACUCAUGGAGAGAGGGAAAGUUAAUAUUCUAAGCAUGUUUCAAGCCCUUUAAUUCUAGCAUUUAGUGUGCCUAGCGCAGCCUUAAAGGUAAGUCAUAGGAGUAGCUCAUAACUCCUUGGUAAGUUUUCAUUAUCCGGAUGAUUUCUGUCCACAGCUUUUUCCUGCCAGUCUAAAUUUUAAUUUAAUUUCAUACAGCCACUUUUGAAAGCAACUUGUUUCUGAAAAGAAAAAAAUACACAAGAAGAAGAACAAUUGAGCCUGAUGCUUUUAAUGACCAUCAUAUGAAAAGCCUCAAGCGCAAACUUACUGUACUAGAAGAAUUUGGCUUGCCGAAUGAUGUAGAAGUAAAGCCAGUACUUAGAAGGUUCAAUUCUGAGCUAUCUAAUGUUUUAUCAAGAAAGUCUAUAACAAUGGCAGAUUUCUGGGGAAACAAAGUCGCACAAAACCUAUUAGCCUCUCCUAAACUGAGACAAGCUGCUAAUACUUUGAAGCAUAAAUAUUUAAUUCAAAACCGGGCAACAGAGCACUCUUUACUUUAUCCAAAUCACCCAAGAAAAAUGGAUAUGGGCACAAUAAUCAGGAUGCAGGGUACAAAUAAAUCGAAUUCCCCUAUUAAUUCCCCCCCUUUAAAUUAGAAGAAAAGUUUAGUAAAUUUGCAAUUUUUGGAUAAUUUAAACCCCAUUUAAAUUAGUUUUCAAUGGGAAGAUUUUAACUAAUUUUUAUAAAUUAGUUUUUACAUAAUUUAAUAGACAAAAUGCAAGAAGAAUGCUAUUUAAACAGUUUCCAAGCUGAAUUGAUUAAUUUUUAUUUUAUUUCUUAUAAAAAUAAAAUAAAUUCAAGGUAUUUUCUCAAUUUAUAUAUUUUUAAAAGAAAUUAAAAGAACUUACUAAUUUUUAUAAAGUUAGUUUUGACCUAAUUUAAUAGGAAAAAUAAUCGUAGAAUGCUAUUUAAACAUUCCACACUGAAUCUAUUAAUUUCAUAUUCAAUUCUCCAUAAAAAAGAUUAAAAUUCAAAGUAUUAUGCUCAAAUUAUAUUUUUAUCAUAUAGUUUUGACUCAAUUUAAUAAAUAUAGCAAGUAUAAUGCUAUUUAAACAGUUUUAACACUGAUUCGAUUCAAUUUUUUUAUUAAUUCUUCAUUAAAUAAAUUAAAAUUCAAAGUAUUGUAAAAAAAAUUUAAUCCCUUUAAAUUGGAACAGGAUUUUUUUUCAAUUUAAAUGGGGUAAGCAUCACGUUAAUUGCUCACUUUUAACGAGCACUACUGAGCCUAUAUUUCAUACAGAAAAAAGAAUGAAGAAGCACCGAGAGCUUUCUGAAAUAUAUCAAAUUAUGAAAAGCUGUGACGAUUUGUAUAAAACCGGCCAAGAAAAUUUGCAAAAGCUUAAAAUCCCACAUAAUGAAACGAUUAAAAUUAAAAAACUCCCAAAAAGAGCCAGAGCACAAAUAGAACUAUUUAAAAAACACUUAAAUUAA